UUUGUCUUGAAGGCUGGUGGAGUUGCUGGUGUCUGUGUUGACUUGAUCCUUUUUCCUCUGGAUACUGUGAAAACAAGACUGCAGAGUCCUCAAGGAUUUAGGAAGGCUGGUGGUUUUCGUGGCAUCUAUGCUGGCGUUCCUUCCACUGCUAUAGGAUCCUUUCCAAAUGCUGCUGCCUUUUUUAUCACCUAUGAGAAUGUGAAAUCUGUGCUGCAUCAUAGCUCUACAUCUUACUUGACUCCAGCAACACACAUGGUGGCUGCCUCCCUUGGGGAAGUGGUUGCAUGCCUCAUACGAGUUCCAUCGGAGGUUGUCAAGCAACGGGCCCAGGUUUCUCCUUCCUCCAGUACCCUCCGGAUCCUCUCCCACACCUUGUAUCAUGAGGGUAUUCGAGGACUUUAUCGGGGCUAUAAAAGCACAGUAUUAAGAGAGAUUCCUUUCUCUCUGGUGCAAUUUCCCCUCUGGGAGUCCUUAAAGGAUCUCUGGUCAUGGAAGCAGGGUCACGUGGUGGAUUCUUGGCAGUCAGCAGUCUGUGGAGCUUUUGCAGGUGGAUUUGCAGCUGCAGUCACCACACCUCUCGAUGUAGCGAAGACGAGAAUUAUGUUGGCCAAGGCUGGUUCCAGCAAUGCGAGUGGCAAUGUUCUGACAGCCCUUGGUGGCAUCUGGAGGACACAAGGCCUGUCGGGCUUGUUCGCAGGUGUGGUCCCGCGGAUGGCGGCCAUCAGCCUGGGGGGCUUCAUCUUCCUGGGGACCUACCAGAAGACUCGCCAGCUGCGGCUCUGA